AUGGAUUGCCAGAACCGCGCAGCAAUAGCGCUGGUACAGUGGAAAACAGCCACAACAGUGGCAGUGGCGUUGCUCUACGUGGCCGUGACAGCCAGCGCAAGCUAUGAAGUCUUAGACUUCACAACGUGGCCGGCUCACUGCAGUCUAGCGGUAACCCUGAGGAAGGUACACGGAGGCAUGCUAACAAAACUGGAAAGUCAAAUUAGCUACCGAAACAAGCUGGAAGAAAUGGAGGCAAAACUACGAAUCUACGGACUAAAAGGAGCAACGGCCGAAGAGCAAACUACAGUAGAGCUGCUGGCCGAAACGGCGGCGCUCAUGCGAGUGAGCAAGCAAAACAAAGAGCAAACCAAUCUACAGACGGCGGUUACAGCCGUGGGCUUUGCCAGCGAGGGUGCAGCAGCCAUCAGCAGCUACCUCAUGACAAUCGACUCGCUGACCCACAACACGCAAACGUACUGCCUAAGCGACAGCGCAGCAGAGCUAUCUCCAACCGGAUGCAGGCAUGGUAAAUCAAGCGACUACGAAGCUGGCAACGGACCAGACAACGACGACAUAGUAGACAGUGGCUUCACAAAAAUAGCUGGGCAAACCAACACAGCAAACACUGGAAAGAAGUCGAAAUGCGGCUUAUUCAGGCAUGAAGCCAACCCAGAAAGCAAUGGAGGCAUUUUCAUCACAGCAGCAAGCUCCAAGCCUUCCUUCGGCUACGGCAUGCUGAAAAUAGAAGCGGAAGACCAGAGCACGGGGCUGAAACUUUCAGGCAUAAAAGCAAGAGCAGGCGACGAGGACCAGAAAUUCUGGAGCAGCUGCCACGCCGCAGUCAAGGCAGCACAAGAUAUGCAAGACGAACCACCCCUAAAAGUCGACCAGACGCUCCUAGCUGUUCUUGUGGGAUCGACAGAAAUGCAGUACAUACUUAAACUAGAAGCGGCAGCAUCACAGCAAAAAGGACCAGAGGAAGUAACAAUCGACCUAGCCAGCGCCAAAAAAACUUAUUUCGGCAGCGACAACAACAAACUAGAGCCGCUCUGGACUAAAAUCAAAGGAGAGAAUAUAGUUGACCUGACCAAUGCCAAAGGAACCACAAAAGAGUUAGGAACGGUCACAGACACGACCGAACUCCAUAAACUUUUAAGUUAUUAUUACACGGUCAGAAAAGAAAGGCAGAGAAAAACAGCGGAGCAGGUAGAAAAACUAGAAACCGAACUAGCAGAUCAAAAAGACAAAUCCCCCGAAAGCGAGUGCAAUAAAAUAUCUGACGAACCCAAAUGCAACGACGAGAAGAUAUGCAGUUGGCAUAAGGAGGUUAAAGCGGGAGAAAAGAACUGCCAAUUUAACUCAAAAAAAGCGAAAGAGAAAGGAAUUUCUGUAACACAAACUCAAACUGUAGGAGGAACAGAAACAACAACAGAUAAGUGCAAAGAUAAGAAAAAGGCUAACUGCAAAGAUAGUUGCAAAUGGGAAGGCGAAACUUGCAAAGAAUCCUCUAUUCUAGUAAACAAAAAAUUCGCCCUCAGUGCUGCUGCGUUUGCGGCCUUGCUUUUUUAG